AGGCAUAGAGAAAAAUAGUUACAAACCAAAUUUUGAGUUAGUCUUCUACACUAAGUUAAGCAUUAAUUUCUUCACAUAAAUGGAUUAAUAUAAAGUCCGAAAAGAAGUCUUCAAUUUUGAUAGAGCUGGAGUAGUGUUGUAACACAACAAAUGGUUUGCUUUUGCUUUCUGGUAGAUCAGACGAGGAAGAUAAAGAGAAGCAAGCCAGCCGCCGGAACGUGCUCCCGGUGCGGCGCCGGGGCCAGCGUCGCCGAUAUGAAGACUGAGACAAGGUUCUGUUAUGUCCCCUUUUAUUGGAGAUCUUGGAGAGCUAUAAUAUGUACUUUUUGUGGAGCCAUUCUUAAAUCCUAUAGAUAAGUUUUUUUCUUUCUUGCUUCUUUUCUAUUUUCUUUCUUUUUGAUAUGUAAUAGAGCUAACUAAGGAAAAUAAUUUUUUUGUCUACAAAUUAGGAACCCAAACAGUUUAUAUAUAUAUAUAUAUACAUACUUAUAUAUAUAUGUUAAAAAUAAAUUUAAUUGUUUUGAGGUUUACGUAAAUGUUAUGUAAAUAUUUGUUCUUUUAAUAAUUAAGUUGUUUAGCAGGAGGGAAAAAUACAGGUAUGAUGAUUUUUAUCCCCCUAUUUAAAAACACUGGUGAGCCAUUUUCUAAGACAUUAUCGAAUUGUUCCCGUUCUUAUUUGGAUUAAACUUGGAUAAGGAUAUACAACGCACUAGGAGGCCAUUUCUUAUGAUAUUUUAUAAAAAAGAAAAAUGCCAUUGUAUAUAUACAUUAUAUACGCCGAGUCUAAAUUAGUAAUUCUAAUUGUUUAUUUAUUAUUAUCUUAAUUUUUUUUAAUUUAUUUGAAAUGCUUAUAUUAUAUAGUUGACAUUCAUUUUUCAAAAUAUAUAUAGUUUAUUUAUAUAUUUUAAAAUAUAUGUUCAUCCGGCAAAUUAAGAUGGCCGAACAAAAGCACUAUAAACUUUUACUCUAUUGUAUGAAACCAUACCUUCACGGAUAAAAACAACUAUAUAAAAUAGAAAAUAGACUUUUCAUGUUCACUUACAAAAAAAAAGUUAUUUUUUGUCCAAACAUAAAAAUUUUGUGAGUAAAUAUAGCCACAAUAAAAAUUAUUUUUGAAUAAAAUAAUAAUAUUUAGUUACAAGUUAUCAAUAAUGUCAUUUUAAUUAUAUUAUGUCUGUGGCUCCUAAUAUUCUUAUAUACUCAAGGCCCUUGUCCCUUCUGCCAUUAGACCCUUUCAUCAAAAAAAAAAAAAAACUCAAAAGAGAACCCCAAAUCUAAUUUGACUCUUUCAAACCUAAUACCCCAAAAUCAAAUCUCUCCCCGAAUAAAUCUCUCAUUUAUGAAAUCUAACCCCAAAAUCAAAUCUCUAAUUUUAUCCGAAUUCCUUUCUCUUUCUCCCUUUCUCUAAACCACACCACCACCGUCAGACCACCAUCGUCUUCGGACUACGGUGACGACUCGGAGGAGGAGAUCGUAGUUGCAGACCGUUGGACCACCACCACCCAUGGAGGUAUAUGUUUUUGUUCCUGUUAUAUAUAUAUAUAUUUAGUUUUUUUAUUUAUUAAUAAAUAUAUAUAGGAGUUUUUUAAUAAAUACCCAUCUUUUAUGAUAUUUUUACAUUUUCACUAUUUUUGAUUUUUUUUUUAUAUUUUUACUAAUUCAAAUUUUUAAAAAUAUGAUUUUAAUGUUUAAAAAUUACAAAAAUACGAUUUACACUAAACAUCAACCCACAAAACAUAACGUUAAAAAAAAAAAACAACAUGACAACAACCUCAUAAUAACACAGUACAACUCAUUAUAGAUACAAAAAAACCAAAAAAUAACACAAAAACAUUAUUAAAAAUUUCAUUCCUACAUUUUAAAACACCAACACACCAAUACAAUAUAAAAAAAGCAACAUAAAUGCAACUAGACAACAACCUCACAACAAUACAUUGUUGAAAAUGCAAUUAGAUAUCAAUUCAUUGCAUUAAUUCAAAAUAAACUAAAAGACAACAAAAAAAAAACAACAUCAAAACAAUGUUUCCCUGCAAUUUUAAAUGUGUUAAAAAUAAACUAAAAAUAUAUCUCAAAACAAUUAAACAUAUAUCCAAAAUAAACUAAAAAAAAAUAACUGGAAAACAACUAAACAUUAACUCACUACAUACUAACAAAUUAAAAAACAGCAAUUGGACAACAACUAGAAGUCAACUCAUAGCAUACUAACAUGUUUUUUUUUAAAAAAAAAUCAAAAUAUAUCUGAAAACAACUAAACAAUAAUUAGACAUCAGCACAAUAACAAAACAACUAUAUAUAAACUUUAACAACUAAAAAAACAACAUGAAAACAUCUACACAUAAAUCUAAACCACAUAACUAAACUGACCUGGAAAAAAUUAUCAAAAAUUUACUCAAUUUGAAAUCAACUAGACAUCAACCAAAAUAAUAGAAAAACUAUAUAUAUAUAUAUAUAAAUCAACUUGCACAACAACCAUACAAAAUAAAAAAAGCUAUAUUUAUAAAAAAAAAAUACACUAAAUGUACAAAUCAACUAAAAAAAUCACACAUAAAAACACAUAAAAUUUAAUUAAACAUAAAAAAAAAAACCAAAAAUCAACCAUCCAUAUGUUUUAUUCCCUUUAUAACAAAGCUACCAUUUUUUAUUUUCCUUGCAUUAAAAUUAUUUCAAAUUAAUAAAUGGUUUAUUUCCUUUAAAAUUAUUUCUUUUUCUUGGGACUCGAGCAAAACCUACAACUUUUUCUUGGUGAUAUUAUUAACCCAAUGUCAGCCUAUAUAUAAUAAUUAUAUCUCAUUGUAUUUUUGUUUUGAAUGGUAUGCAUGUCUUUAGUGGUUAUUAUCUCUCUAGAUAUAUAGAAUGAACUUUUCUCAA